AUAAUUGCAACUGAAGCAAGCAGCAAUAUCUACCAGCACAGUUUACAUUUUUUCCACAUGGCAGCAACUUUUCUGAUCCCUUAUAAGCAGUAUCAGUGAGUAUUACAGUUAUACUGCUAUAUAAAUUUGUUAUAAACUAGAUGGAAAUAAGCGAUUUGAUAAAAGUGCCUUCAUUGUGAAGCCUGCCCAACUAAUUGCUGCCAUGGUAACCAGCUUGUAUGGAAGCUAGAUCCUUGGUAGUUAAGCUAGUGUGACCAGGUAUCCAAGUUGCAAAGUGUUCAUGUGCUGCAGGGUAAGGAAUACGCCAACUCAAUGGAUGUCAUAGAGGAAAACAUGUCACCAAAGGAGUUGCUUGAGAAAAUAGCAGAGCUGGAAUACAGUCAGAGUCUGCUGAGAGAUCAAAAUGCUGACAUGAGGAAAUUGCUCGAUGGUGCAGAUGAUGACAUGGCAGCACUGGGUUCGGAGAAUAAGUCCCUCAGAAAACAAGUUGAAACCAUGGAGAAAGUUUUCCAAGACUUGCAACAGACUGAAGCGGAGCCUUGCAUAGCUCUGGAAGAUGACUUCGAGGCACAUAGACGGAAUGAAGAAAAGAUCCGUGAAUUGGAGAAGGAAUCCACUGUGAUGAAGAAAAAAUAUGAAAAGCUAACUGCAGAGCUCAAAAGCCUCCAGCAAGAAAUAGAGCAGGACAAGCUCUCACUGAGCAACCUCAAGUCUGAAAUUCAGGACUUGAAGUUUAAAAGGGAAGAGGACCAGUCAAACCUGGAGCACAAGGAUGAGGCUAUUCAUCAUAUAUACUUGCAGUUGAAUCAAUUAAGUGAAACUGUGGAAGAGUGCUUCAACAAUAUAAAGGACCUCAGGCAGACAACGCAGGAGCUGAGUAAGCAGUUGGAGGACAGACAAGAUGAGGCCACAUUUGACCUGAUGAGAGAGAAGGAACGAGUGCUCAACCGCCCUCUGUCCUUUGCAGAGGAAAUUAAACUGCUGGCCACAACAGCUGAAAUGAAUACCGGCAUGACAGACUCCACAAAUCUUGGAAAUGUAGAUGAGGAAGCUAAGACUGAGGAGCUGCUGAAACCUCAUCUUUCCACAGUUAAGCUUCAGUCUAAAAGAUGCCCAGGUACCUUGGAGAAAGCCAUCUGGAGAGUGGGUUUCUUUAUGCUGUGCAUCUUCAUUCUCAUGAUUAUAGCCUUUGUGGCUUCAGGAUGCUUUGCAGGAACAUCUGACUUCUCUUCCAUCACCACUUUGUGGACUAGCGCCCACCUGAUGUUACAGCCCUAUUGGAGUGUACAAUAUGGGGCCUUGCCUCCCAUUUGAGCUUAACUCUCCCUCUGGUCUACUCUUGUAUUUUAGUAUUUCUUUUGUAAACAUGAGUUCAGAAAACAAACAAAUAAAACUUCUCAUGAUGCAUU